GGGUGGGCCAGAAAGAGCCCGGUUCGGCGCCGCUUGGCCGGGAGCGAAUGAAUGGGCGCUGAGCUGGGGGCUUGCCCGCUCUCGGGACCGAUCUUAGGCGUGUGAGCGGCCGCAGCAUGGAGGACGACGCGCCGGUGAUCUACGGGCUGGAGUUCCAGGCACGUGCUCUUACACCUCAGACUGCAGAAACAGAUGCCAUUCGAUUUUUGGUUGGGACGCAGUCUCUUAAAUAUGAUAAUCAGAUCCACAUCAUAGACUUUGACGACGAAAAUAACAUUAUAAAUAAAAAUGUCCUCCUCCAUCAAGUGGGUGAAAUCUGGCACAUCAGUGCCAGUCCUGCAGACAAAGGUGUGCUGGCCACCUGCUACAAUAAAAGGAUGGACUUAAACACACACGUCGUGGGGGAGAAAAGCGAGACUGGUUCCGUCCCAUUUCAUGGAGGCUGGGAGCAGGCUUCAGACAGCAAAGUCCUGACAUGUGCAGCCGUGUGGAGGAUGCCGAAGGAAGUGGAACCAGGGAGCCACGAGUCCCCUGACGACGCGUCCAGCACUGCGCACACCCUGGAGCUGCUCUGUCACCUUGACAACACAGCCCACGGCAGCAUGGCCUGUGUCGUGUGGGAGCCCACGGGAGAUGGGAAGAAAGUCAUCUCACUGGCGGACAACCACAUCCUGCUGUGGGAUCUGCAGGAGAGCUCCAGCCAGGCCGUGCUGGCCAGUUCAGCGUCGCUGGAAGGGAAGGGCCAGCUGAAGUUCACCUCAGGACGCUGGAGCCCGCAUCACAACUGCACCCAGGUGGCCACAGCGAACGACACGGCCGUCCGAGGGUGGGACACGCGGAGCAUGAGCCAGAUAUACUGCAUAGAGAACGCCCACGGACAGCUGGUGCGGGACCUCGACUUCAACCCCAACAAGCAGUACUACUUAGCUAGCUGUGGGGAUGACUGCAAGGUGAAGUUCUGGGACACUCGGAAUGUCACUGAGCCUGUGAAGACCCUGGAGGAGCAUUCCCACUGGGUGUGGAAUGUCCGCUACAACCACUCACACGACCAGCUCGUCCUCACGGGCAGCAGUGACAGCAGGGUCAUCCUCUCCAACAUGGUGUCCAUCUCCUCCGAGCCCUUUGGCCAUCUGGUGGACGACGAUGACCUGAGUGACCAGGAGGAGCGCCGUCCAGAGGACAAGAGUCAGGAGCCCCCACAGGACAGCGUCAUCGCGACCUACGAGGAGCACGAGGACAGCGUGUACGCUGUGGACUGGUCCUCGGCCGACCCCUGGCUGUUCGCCUCUCUGAGUUACGACGGGAGGCUGGUCAUCAACAGGGUGCCCCGGGCGCUGAAGUAUCACAUACUGCUCUGACCCAUCCUGACUCCUCCUCUGGCAGUUUCUCGAAGUCGUGCAGCUUUCUGGAAGUAAUCAGUUUUCCGAAGAGCUCCCUCUCCGGGACAACCAGCCUUGCUUCCUCUAGUGCGAGCGUUUACGAAUAACGGUGGAGCUCCUGCCGACGGCACAGCACACACCUGAGUCCGGUCUCCCCUCGCUCCAGAUGGAAGCGUUGUCCGGGACACCGUGCUAGGGAUGCGAGCCAUCGUUACGUGACUUGGCGUCUGCCCGGUCACUGCUCACUUUCUCUUCUCUCCUUUAAGGAUGUUGGGAGUUUCACUUUAAAAAAAUCUUUCUGUUUUCGUAAAUUAACUCGUCUUUCUUUUGAGAUUAAACAUGAAAUAAAUGAGCAAGGCCAUGCUGCA